GUGCUGCCUAUUGUCAGUUUAUGGAUAUGCUCUUCCCAGGUUCCAUCACGCUCAAGAAGGUGAAAUUCCAAGCAAAGUUGGAACACGAGUACAUUCAGAAUUUCAAGAUGCUACAAGCAGGUUUUAAGCGAAUGGGGGUUGACAAAAUAAUACCCGUGGACAAAUUAGUGAAAGGGAAAUUCCAGGACAAUUUCGAAUUUGUUCAGUGGUUCAAGAAGUUCUUCGACGCGAAUUACGACGGGAAGGACUACGACCCUGUGGCCGCUCGGCAAGGCCAGGAGAGCUGCCCCGCCCCGCCUCUGGUGGUCCCGCUGCUGAACAAGCCGAAGAAGACUCUCGGUUCGGGUGGCACCGUCCCAGCGAGGCCCAUGGUUGCGCAGAGAACAACGGUGGCGAAUAAAUCCGGGCCUGGCAUGAUCAAAAAGCCUCCUGGGGGGAUCGGAGAGGAUGAAUCGGCCGAGUUGAUACAACAGAUCAACGCAUUAAAGAUGACUGUGGAAGAUUUAGAAAAGGAACGAGAUUUCUACUUCGGGAAACUGAGGAACAUCGAGCUGAUCUGCCAGGAGAACGAAGGCGAAAGUGAUCCGGUCCUCCAGAGAAUCGUGGAAAUACUUUAUGCUACAGAUGUAAGUGGGUGUGAUCUGGAGGUGGUGCUCCCCGCUUUGGGCUCGGACGUUAACUGAUGAGCUGCGCACCCUUCCCCAGGACAUUCACCUGCAUGAAUUGAAUGGAAUUAAAUAACCUUUAUGGUCAUUUUUUCUGUAC